AUGGUCUCGGCUACCCCUGUGCCGGUCAAAAAGCCAAAUCGAAUAAAACGUUAUUUUAACGUCGACUAUCACUUAUUGAUAUGUUGUUCACUGGCGAUUGCCGUGUACGCGAAUACUCUGAAUGCUGGGUUCGUGUACGACGACAAUCGAGCGAUAAUAGCGAAUGAAGACAUAAGACCGUCGACCUCGGGCACGAACCUUUGGUGGAAUGACUUUUGGGGCACGCCGAUGGGUACGGGAAAUUCACAUGGAUCGUACAGACCUAUCACCGUUCUAACGUACAGACUCAAUUACAGGUUUUCCGGACUGAAGGCCACGUCAUACCACGUUACGAACGUGGCACUGCACGGACUGGCCACCGGCCUGGUGCUGUCCGUGGCCCGGACCGUGACGAGCCAGCGCGGUGCACUGCUGUCCGCCGCCCUGUUCGCCGUGCACCCGGUGCACGCGGACGCCGUGGCCUCGGUGGUCGGCAGGGCGGACGUGCUGUCGUGCGUGUUCUUCCUGCUGUCGUUCCUGUGCUACGGCCGGCACGUGAGGGCCAGGGACGGCCACCAGCACCACGGCCAACCGCUGCACGGGCCCUGCGGUCGGCGGCCGCAGCAGCCGUGCUACAGCAAAAACGGUGACGGCCGUCCGGCGGCCGCUUACCUGGUGUUCUGCGUGCUGUUCGCGCUCCUGUCCAUGCUGUCCAAGGAGAACGGCAUAUCCGUCAUGGCCGUGUGCAUCGGAUACGAACUCAUGCUGCGGCUCAGAUCCAUCAAGAGGUGGAACAAGAUUACUGCGGACCAGGACUACAAGAGAACGCUGAAAGUUCUGGUGACCAGCACUACGGCGAUGGUGGCCGGUCGGCUGUGCGUCAUGUCGGGCUCGGUGCCGUCGUUCGCGGCGUCAGACAACCCUGCGGCCAAGCACCCGGACCCGACUGUCAGGGCGCUGACGUUCUUGCACCUGCCCGUGGUCAGCGCCCGGCUGCUGGUGUGGCCACAAGUGCUCAGCUACGACUGGUCAAUGGACGCCGUGCCCCGGAUCGAGUCGGUGGCCGACCCGCGAAACGUGGCCACCGUGCUGUUCUACGCGGCUCUGGCGGCCGUCGCCCGCGCUUCCGUCCGGCGAAAACGGACAGCUGUGGCCGUGGCCGCCGCCGUGUCUGUCGCCUCCUACGUGCCGGCGUCCAACGCACUGUUCUACGUCGGUUUCGUGGUGGCCGAGCGAGUGCUAUACAUACCGAGCGUCGGUUACUGCUUGCUGGUCGGCUGCUCGGCCGCUGCGCUCGCCAAGGCCACCAGUGGACGCCGGUCGGCCAUCGUGUACGCCCUGUACGCAGUGACGGUGGCCACAUACGGUCUGCGGACCGUUCUCAGGAACCGCGACUGGCACGACGAAGAGUCCCUCUACCGGUCUGGCAUCCAAGUCAACCCCCCAAAAUCCUAUGGCAAUCUCGGUUCGAUACUCAGCUCUCAAGGCAGAACAAACGAAGCAGAAAUGGCAUACCGAUCCGCACUCAAACACCGGCCCAACAUGGCUGACGUACAUUACAACCUUGGAAAUCUGUUAAGGAACAACAAAAAUUAUGACGAAGCAAUUUUGAGCUACAGGUCGGCGAUCAAUUUCAGACCUACAUUAGCGUUGGCGUAUCUGAGUCUGGGCGAUUGUUUGGCAGCUACUAAUCGGUACACCGAAGCGGAAGCGGUGUUGAACAAGUGCCUUUGUCUCGACGGUUCCAGAGUGAAAGACAUUAGGUCACACGUGACCGCUCAAAGGUCGUGCGUGCUUCGAUUGGGCAGAAUGUUUGCAACGAUCGGAAAACACCAGGAAGCGGUAAAAGUAUUCAAAUCGGCCAUCAAAUCUGACGGAUCUUCGUCGCAGACGAUGCUGUACGCCUUGGCAGACUCCCUCUCGGCGCUUGGCAGAGACGCGGAAGCCGAGCUCUACUACAGACAACUGCUCCGGGUCAACCCUACAGACGUGUCCGCCUUCCUGACGUACGGCGAUCUCCUGGCCAAAAACCGUUCGAGAGUGUCCGAGGCAGAAGAAUGGUUCGGCAAAGCGCACCGGACGGCACCGGACGACCCAGUGGUGCGGACUAGGUACGCUGAUUUCCUGUCUUCCGUGGGCAGGCUGGACGAUGCGGUGGAACAGUACGAGGCGGCCGCGGCACUGGCUUCCGGUGACCACGAGAUCGUGGUCAAGACGGCCACGACGCUUCGCAGGGUCGGCCGGACGUCCGACUCGGAAACGUACUACAGGAGGGCAGUGCGACUUUUUCCUCAGGACGCGGCUAGUCACAGUAACCUGGGAGCCAUACUUCACAUCAACAACAAGUUGGACGAGGCAGAACGGUCGUACAAGAACGCACUUCGACUGCAGCCGGACGACGCGACCACGUUGGCCAAUCUCAGGAAACUCAAAAACGUCCAUCACCGUCGGCACACGGUCAAAUGA